AUGCCGCUACCAAAACGAUGGCACAAAAACAAAAAGCCUCCUGCCGGAUUUGAAGUCGUGGAACCAACCUUGGAAGCCUUGGAGCACGAAUUGAGGGACAAGAUCAAGGACACGAACGAAAAGAUGCGCAAGAUCGAGAGCGUAUGGCCAGUGCAUCAGAUUAGUUGGCAAAAGUCUCGGUACAUUUACGACAUGUACUAUACCUACCAUCGAAUUUCUAAGCAAGUCUACAAUUAUUGCAUUCAGCAAAAGCUAGUCGAUGCAGCACUGAUUGCGAAAUGGAAAAAGCCUGGAUACGAGCGACUUUGUUCCACUUAUGUGAUCAACCCUACGAACUACAAGUUUGGUACCACCAGUUUAUGUCGGGUCCCUCUCCGGGAUCGUUCCACUCAACAAAAGUCGGCCAAAGACCCUACCACAGGUUGUAUUGGUUGUGCCUCGGGUAAGGGUGCUUCUCCACGCAACAUUUUUGGCAACAAGUAUGGACAAUAUCUAGCAGCUGUCCAAAUUGCUCGCGAAGAGCGUCUGGAGAAACUGCGACAGCAACAAGCGGCGAAAGAAGCUGCCGAAGAUGACAGCGAUGGGGAUGAUGAAACUGACGAUGAGGAGAAGGAAGAUGAAGAUGACUAUGGAGCGAAACCAGCGGCGGGUAUAUGGGCUGGAUCUACAAAGCUGCAGACAGAAAGCGAGCAAAUGGUGAUUGGAGGCAAUGAUGAUGAGGAUGAUGACGGUGAUGAUGAAACUGACGACGAGGAGGAUGAUGACGAUGAUGAGGGUCCUCCACUGCCUCCUAGCAAACGACAGAAACAGGAAUAA